CUUCACCGGAUCAGAACACACAACGUUGCUAAGGAGUCUGCAAUAUAAAUAUAAAUGAUGUAUUUAUAUGGAAAUCUGAAGAGAUGCUGUCUCUGCUUGAAUUAAGAGAUCUCUGUUUAUUUUUGGUGCUCUGAGACACCUUCAUGUCAUUCAACAUGGGCAAAGAACAGAAAUGCAUUCUUUGUGAAACUGUCUAUAGCUCCAAAAAGGAGAUGGAAGAGCACAUAAGAAGUAUGCUGCACCAUCGGGAGCUGGAGAAUCUGAAAGGCCGGGACUGCGGACAUGAGUGCCGGGUCUGUGGAGUGACAGUGGUGAGCCUGACUGACUACGCCAGUCACAUUUCCUGCCCCUUACACAAACAGCGUAUUGAUGAUCUGAAGAACCAGCCUUUAAACGAAGACAAAGAUGAGGAGUACUUUGACAAAGAGAUUGUGCAGCUUAUUGAGAAACGCAAGGAAAUUGUCAAAAAAGAAGAGGCUGCUGCAAAGCAGGCUAAAGAGGAGCAGGAGAACAUGAAGAGGUGGCAGGAGCAUCAGGCUCAGUGGCAGGGGCCAAGGCCUUUGAUGUACCAGCAGUAUGGCUCUUGGGACCGACCCUAUCCCAACUUCCCUCAAAUGCCCAAAAGGGGCAAAGGCUCCAACUGGCAGAAUUUUAGAUUUUCCUCCUCUGACUGCAGCCACUGGUCCAACCCUAACCAACAGAUUAGGUGUGCCACAUGGCAUGCUGAAGGACCUCCUGACUUGCACAGAUGGAGAUUCAUGGAUCGACAGGGAGGGAGUUUGCGCAACCAAGGAAAUAUCUGGGGUGGUAGACAAGGUGGCUACGGGGUCUGCCCUCCAAAACUAAGAAAUCAGUCUCCCUGGAAAAACAGUCAGUGGCAGGGACAAUAUGUGUCACCUAAGCACUUUAAAUCUCCUGCAAGAGAACAACCGAAGACACCCAACUGCACAGAGAGUCAGACAAAGGGCCAGCAGAGUGUAGAAGAAUCUGGUGGAGAGAAUGAUCACAACAAAGGUAAGGGUCAGAAGUCUGAAAAAGCUCACAGAUGGGUACCAUAUCCACCAGCUAAACUUGGGGAUUCUUCAUCUCAAAUGAUGCCUCAGCCAAUCUCAGAAAAGUCAGAUGUGGAAUCUCAUGAAAAUUGUAAGGUACAAAGUUUAAUCAGGAGCAACCAGGACGUGGAGAACAAAUCUAUAGCAGACCAGAGAAACUGCCAGUAUAAACCCACAGAGCCCUACCAUGAAGCCAAUGAUUGCAGGCAGAACCAGAAACGUUACAUCAAGAACAGUGGCAGUAGUAGCACAUACUCAUUCACCUCCACAACUAAACGUUUAGAGAAGUCUAGCAACCAUGCUCGAAAUGGGGUUUCUUGGACCCAGUGUUCAAAGACUAAUCUCAGGCAAGUGGCAACUCAAGACUCUGUCAGUUCUAAAGGUUCUCUGCAUUCCCAUUCAAGUUCCAAAUUCCCACAACAUGCCAUCUUUAAUGCAGAACAAGAACAUCUCCUAUCAGAGAUGCUGCGAAAAGCCAAGGAGACCUUGCUUAAUAGAAAGAGCUCAGUUCACACUUCUGGCCCAGAGGACUACACUAAAGGAACAAAUACAGUUUCUCAGAUUAAGGAACCCCUGCAAGUAGAGAGUUUAGAGCAAAGUAAGGUUAAAAAAUUACAUGAACGUAAGAAGAAACUGAACAAGCACAAGGUACAAGAGGGGCAGACUUUUGAUGAGCUUAUUAGCAAUGACAAGCAACAGUUCACAAGAACUGAAACAUCACUACAGAUUGGCAGUGUGCGAAAUGACACUAGGCUAUCUCUGCAGUCCUUGCAAGUUAGUACUUCCACUAUUGACCACGAAGAUGAGGGAUAUAGCGAAAGGGAAGAAAACCUUCCCAUAACAGUCCAAGAUCAAGUCAUAGACACACUAGAUGAAGAAUUGUGCCCACUUGGAGAGGAAUCCCAUAGCAGUCCAUCCGAACCAACAGCAGGCAGUUCAGUGCCCCCUUUAAGCAAGCUUGCCUUGCCUGCAUGUCUCAAAAGGGAUCUGAACCGCCAUAUGGGUACCAAAGGCAAAGCAACAGCCCAUGAGCCCAACUUGAAUAUUGCCAGACGUAUUAGGAAUGUGAAUGACUCACGGAAGAAUGAAUCAGAGAAGGACUGUGGACUCAAGCCCACCUUGCGGCAGCUCAUUAGCUCCUCUUGCUCCCGGCGGAAUGUCAACUGGGACCAGGUCUACCAGGAAGUCAAACGCAAGAAGCAAGAGCAGGGCAAGGGCUUACCAAGAUUUGGUAUAGAAAUGGUGCCCUGUGAGCCUGAGGGUAAUAACCAAAUGAAUGAAAAUGAUGACCCUCUUUGUGAGGGCUUCCAUUGGGACUCUCUGUUGGACUUCAAUCAAGUUCCUGUCCCUUCCCGCAAGCGUAGCUUGUCUGAAAGCAGUGUGGUCAAAGAUCACUCUGCUGGCACAAGCUCCCUCCUCAAAACUGUAGAUCCACUGAGGGACGGUCCUCCUAGCAGCCCCUCACAGCAGCUAAGGAGAGAAGAUCUGCAGCCAAAAGGUCAUCUUGAGAUACAGGGUCCAAAUUGGUCACCUCAGGGUCCAGUGGAUGUCGAAGGAGACUGUGGUUGUACAUCAGAGACUGAGCUGAAUGACAUGCAAGGAAAUGGAAAGAAACGUAGAGCACCUACGGAUGUUUUGUCUCCAGAGAUUCCUAAUGAAAAUAGGAAAAGUAAGAGGCAAAAAAUCAAGGCUAAGAAAGAACGUUCUCAAGUGGAUCAGUUGCUGGCAGUAUCUCUACGUGAGGAGGAGCUUAACAGUUCUCUUCAGGCAGUGGACAGUAGUCUUAUUCAGGCACGUGCUGCCCUACAAGCCGCCUAUUUGGAAGUACAGCGCCUGCUUAUGGUGAAACAACAGGUGACCACAGAGAUGAACACUUUAAGAACCAGGCGAAUUGAAAUUCUACAAGGAAUGCAAGGAGAAUUUGAGUUGCCAGAGAAAGAGCAGAGCAAUGAGGAUGUCAUGACUCCAUUAACACAAGUUUCUCAGUUAACCUCCCAAACCCAAAACCAGCCAACCACAGCUACCCAAUCACACUCUCCUUCCCCAACCUCCCCUCUGGCUGUUACCAUCAAACAGGAGCCCAUCUCUCCCAGUAACCUCACCCCUGAGCACCACCUUGUCAAGAGCCCCAUCCCAGGACCCAAUAGCACCACAUCUGUGCAAACAGUGUUUGCAACUUGUCAGACAGAACCUACCUUCAAGUACAUCAGUAGAAUGGACUCUCCCCAAGACAGCACAGGAAUGUCUUUGACUGCAGUUCAAUCAGAUCAUAUACUGCAGCCUUCUCCCUGCACAGAAAGCCUACAAUGCUCUCAUGAAGGGUUAGCCAACCCUUCUUCCCCACUCAUGCCUAUAACCCUCUCCCCCAAGCCACUGUCUCUCUCAAAUCACCCAGAGACUAAUCCAGUUAAGCGUGUUCGGAAGUUGAAGAAGAGGAAGUGUCUUAAGAAGGCAAAGAGCAAUGAACAGCCUGAAAUCAGCGAUUCAGAGCUUGAUGCAGAGCAGCCCUUUUCUCGCCCUUUACGCAAGUUCCGAUCUCAUCCGCGAUCCAGUGGCACCAACAAGUCACCCUCCAUGGCAGAAGUGAUGGGUGAGAAAAAAGAGUUGUUGAUCACCGAAGCUUCAAAGAAUGGACCACAGGAAACCAAGUUAGCACCACCACCAACGAAUGAAGCUCCCGACUCCGAUUCAUCUGAACUAGAGAUUGUGGAGCUUCCGCCACCCUUGCCCACUGAUUUUGUCAAUCUAGAUUCUUCAGAUCCAGAUGAGUUGAUGCCUGAAAAGAAAGUCAAGAGGUCAUUUACUGUGGACACAGACCAUGCAACUACAGACAUCCAAAACCUUGCCUGCAAUGAGGUCACUUCAACCAGUGAAAUUGACACCAGCAGUACAAUAAAGACCUGUGAAAGUGAAAUAAAAUCCACCGCAGUGAUUGAGUCCAAGGUACCUUCAGAUUUGUCAGAUCCUGGGGAGGAGGAGUGUCCUACAGAAGGGGAGUUUGAAGGCCAUAAGGAGGCAGUGAAUGGAAUGCAGAUCCAUAAUGGACUGCUCUACACCUGCUCCGGGGACCGCACGAUACGUGCUUUUGACCUGAUUAGUCGGAAGUGUGUGGCUGUGUUUGAGGGUCACAGCAGUAAAGUAAACUGCCUGUUGGUGUCAUAUGGAGUAGGCCUGCGACAGCGCCUGUAUUCAGGAUCAAGUGACCAAACCAUCCGCUGUUACAGCCUCAAGACAGCAGAGUGUGUGAAACAGCUGUCUAUCCCAGACCGAGUGCUCUGUCUUCAUAACCGUUGGAAAAUUCUCUACGCCGGUCUGGCCAACGGCUCUGUCAUCACCUUCAGUCUCAGGAACAAUAAGCAGUUGGACUUGUUUGAGUGCCAUGGCCCACGGGCCGUGAGUUGCCUGGCGACAGCUCAGGAAGGUGCUCGGCAUGUGCUGCUGGUCGGAUCCUACGAUACCACGAUCAGCGUUAGAGAUGCUAAGAAUGGCCUACUGCUGCGUACUCUAGAGGGCCACACUAAAACCGUACUUUGCCUGAAGGUGGUGAAUGAUUUGGUGUUCAGUGGCUCAAGUGACCAGUCUGUACAUGCAUAUAAUAUACAUACAGGAGAACUGGUGAGGAUCUAUAAGGGUCACAGUCAUGCCGUCUCUGUGGUGGCAAUUUUGGGAAAGGUGAUGGUCACUGCGUGCCUUGACAAACUGGUCCGUGUGUACGAGUUACAGUCUCAUGACAGACUUCAGGUAUAUGGUGGACAUUCAGACAUGGUGAUGUGUAUGGUCAUCCAUAAGAGCAUGAUCUACACAGGCUGCUAUGAUGGAAGCGUGCAAGCAGUCCGAUUGAACCUGAUCCAGAACUACCGCUGCUGGUGGUAUGGCUGUACAUUAAUUUUUGGCGUGAUGGAGCACCUGCAGCAUCACCUGCUGAACGACCACACCAACCCGGCACAGCAGGUGUUUAAAUGUCGCUGGAGAAACUGCGACUCCUUCUUCACCACCCGUAACGGCUCCAACCAGGCAGUGCAUUCUCAUAUGCAGAAACACGGCAAGGAAGACAGUAUCAUGGAGCCAUAAGGGGCCAAGGGAGUUUGCAUCACACAUCUAAUCUCCUCGUUUCCCAUAUUGGGAAUAUCUCAUUCAACCCUCACCAGAGGAGCCCUCUUCAUGGGCAUAUUUUUAUAUGAGCCAUCAGAUACCAACAACUCCCACUUAGAUUAAAGAAAAGAUGACAGUACUCAUGCCACUAUCUAAAUAAUGAUGGUCUGAAUGGUUUUAAUCUUACUGAGAAAUUGGUUUCAUGUUAAAUAAUUGUCCUAUAAAAAAAAAAAAAUCUUAAGAAUUUCGUAGAAAAUUGUGGCAUCAAAUUUUUUAGUUUUUUCAUAUAUAAAACAAAGAAAAGGUUCUUCUCGCUAAGUGGAGUUGUUGGUAUUCUAAUUAAAGGAAAUCUUUUACAUUUGUUUCCUCUUUUUCACUUCUCUCUAUCAGAAGUGUGGAGAAUGCUAGUUUAUUUUAUACUGACAUGGCAUUGCUCUAAUACUGUUCUGCAAGGGAUGGAUUUGCACAGCAUUAGUGUCCUCCUUUCAUAUUUUGGCUCUCAUCUGAUCUUUCACUGUAUUGUCGGCUCUGAGAUUUACUGACCAAAUAAAGACGACUGAAACAAACAAACCUUGGGAAACCUUUGGGUACCAGUAUAGCAGAAGAGUUGCUGCAGCUCCCUCAGCACAACGUAUAGUUUAGAAUUGUGUCUGCAUUGUAUGGGUUUGAAGAUGCUUCUGAUCACAAGUGUUAUAAGAAAGCAUAAUAUUUGUGUCUUGUUGAGCAACUAGAUUUCAUUUGAAUAAAGAUCACCUUUUUCCUCAUGUCGCAUCAGUUCCCCCCCAAGAGUUUAAUGGCAUAAUAGCUACACCUGACAUUUCAAUCUGGUUUCCAAAUACAAUUUAUUAUUGUUCAUUUAUAUGUAAUUGUUGGAAUAAACCUGUGCCAAGUCAAAUAUGCGGAUCACGGACGGUCUGCUGUGGCGACCCCUAACGGGAGCAGCCGCAAGAAGAAGAAAAAGAUAUGUAAUUGUUUGAGUGUAAUCUUUUCCUCAAUAUUUGGGGAAAUUUUUGGCUUUUAUUUUUGUUUUUUAGGUUUCUAUGUGGUUGCUCACCAAAGGUGAGGCAAAGUUGAAGGAUACAGGCGUGACUCUUGCAGUUGAAAUGGGUUUGCUGUGCUGUAGACAGAGUGAAAUGUGACAGUUGGUGUGCGUGAGCCUUUGAGAACAUGGAUGAAUGUGUUUUAUGGGUCAGUGUUAUUACAAGAAGACAUUUUUAUUUUACUUAUUUUUCCCUGUUGUGAAAGAGUGGGUUUGUUUUUUUUUUUUCUUCAAAGUUGGGAGUAUUUUGUAAGGGCUUUUGUGCUGUUGAGAUUUGUAGUUUUAUGAAAGUACAGGUGGGCAGAGUGGCAUGUAGCCAAGUGCACUGCACUCUGCUGGAGAAGACUUUUAUUGUGCUGUUUGAGUAUGGAAGUUGCAUGGGAGAUAAACAUGGGAGCUGUUUUUAUGGAGUUGGGAACGUAUUACCUUCCUUGGCAUAAUCCUCAAUCUGUUACCAGCACACAUAUACAAAAACAGCCUUAAGUUAGUAUAACAUGAACUGCUAACAUUUGGUUACAUCUUAAUUUCAUAAAGAUGUGCUUUCACAGCUUUCUAAUAGUUGAUUUUAUAUACAGUGACAAUAAUAUCUCCGCAGUGGAGGCGGACCAUUUUUCUGCCUUCUGCACAACCGUGAAGUGUUUUAUUUUGAACUAUACAUGGUCUCUUUUUUUUUUUUUUUUUUGUGGUCAUUUUGUGAUAGAUGCACAGCUUAUUCGACCCAUUCGUGACCUUUGAAAAGCUCUUUUGCUAUAAUUGUGUGUUGCUGAGGAGAGAAUGCAGUUAACCUCUUACCUGGUAUUCCCAAGUUUCUCAUAUUUGUUCAUUUCAAAUGCUGUUAAAUUGUUAUUGACAUUUUGUAUGCAAACGCUAUUGAGAGGAAACCAUAUAGGAAUAAAAAGAUAAAUACUGUGUUAUUUGUUCAACAUUUCUUGUCAACAUCCAAUAAGAACAUCUGUUUAAAACGUUGUCUGCUUUUGACCUUAGAGGUUAUGUUUCAGUAUAUUAUUUGGGACUUUUUAUGA